UCAGCAGGCAGAAAUGCAGCAUAUGGUUGUUUCCCUCUUACUGCAUCUCUGAACUGGGAAAGCUUCAGCCGUUGAAUUCCCCCUACCUUACGAUGUUGUUAGAAAUGGUGAUCCUGUAGGCUGGAAGUCUGUACUAUGUGAGCAGCCCCAGAACUAUUCUGAGCCUGUGUCAAACAACAAGAACCUUGCACUGUAAUUCCUCAUGAAUCAAAUUACUGGAUUUCUGCUAUAAGAGUUGAUUGAAACAAACACACAUGUAGUGCUUCCUGGAGAAGGAAAAAGAUCACUUGCUGAACCCCUACCCCAUUGGCUGCAUUCCCUGGAGCCACCCACUCCGAAUGCUGAACAGCUUGGGCAAUUCCUUAGCCUCAAGAAAAGAGAAGGAGAUUAGAGGAGAAGAACCCCACAAAUACUGUCUGCUGAUCUGACUCUAGAAAGUUGCAGAGUGCUUCCACUAUGAUCCACGAAUGGUUGAAGCAGUCAUGGCCUCAGAUUAAGAUUGACAUUCACAUUGUCCUUGCUCUGACCAGCAGCACAGCUGCAGCUUUCUUGGCAUUCAGAUGGAUGGGCCAGAACAGGAUCAAAAAACAAAUACAAGAGGCAAGAAGAAAGAGAGACCAUGGCUUGGGUCAAAUGGAAAAAGUUGUUCAGGAGUUUAAACAGCAGAAUCCUGGGGUACAAGCCGCUCAUGUCCUUUCUCUGCCUCUGGCAGAGCUAGUGGAGAAGCUGAAGGAAGGGUCCUUGUCUCCAGAAAGCGUCCUUUACACUUACAUGGAAAAGGCUUUAGCAGUUCACCAGGAGGUGAACUGCGUGCGCCAUUUUAUUCCAGAAUGUGAGCAACAUCUCCAGGAGCUGAAGAAACAGAAGGAAAGGGGCUUGCUGUAUGGUGUGCCUGUCAGCAUCAAGGACCACAUUGCAUAUAAGGGUCAUUUAUCAACAUGUGGCUUGGUCCAGUCACUUGGUGCCUUGGCAGAAGAGGACAGUGUGCUGGUCGAGGUGCUAAAAAGACAGGGAGCAAAUCCAUUUGUAAUCACCAAUGUCCCACAAUCCUUAUUGAACUAUGACUGCAGCAACUCUACUUUUGGCCAGACGGUGAAUCCUUGUGAUCAUAAGAGAGGCCCUGGUGGAUCAUCUGGAGGGGAAGGUGCCCUAAUAGCUGCAGGAGGGUCCAUCUUGGGAUUUGGAUCAGAUUUGGGUGGAAGUAUCCGUCUACCCUCUAGCUUCUGUGGUCUUUGUGGGCUGAAGCCAACAGCAGGCAGACUGAGCAAUUUAGGAGUAAGGGGCCCCAUUGAUGGAAUACUCACAGUUCCAGGAACAGUGGGCCCAAUGGCAAGGGAUGUGGAAAGUCUAGCUCUGUGCAUGAAGGCUCUCUUAUGUGAUGACAUGUUCCAGCUGGAUCCCUUCGUUCCACCUGUGUUUUUCAAUGAAGAGGUAUACUCUAGUUCCACGCCACUUCGGAUUGGCUAUUAUGACACUGAUGGCUAUUUUUUGCUCCCUCCCUGUAUGAGGCGGGCUGUGCAUGAAACCAAGAAGCUUCUCCAAGAUGCUGGCCAUACGCUCGUUCCCUUCACCCCACCUUCAGUGGACUAUGCCAUAGAUGAACUUUACAUCAAAGGCCUUUUUGCUGAUGGAGGCUCAACACUGUUGGCUAUGUUUGAAAGAGAUAUAGUCGACCCAUGCUUGAAACCCCAAGUGGCUCAUCUUAGAAUCCCAAAAUUCGUGAGGAAAGUUUUGGCCAAGUUUGUCAAGCCCUGGUUUCCAAGACUGGCCAGCCAUCUCAAUGCACUGUGUGGAGUAAGGUCUGUGAAUUGUCUGUGGGAGCUGAAUGACAAAGUGAUGGCUUAUCGUAAAAAGUUUGUUGACCAGUGGAAGAAAAGCAAGCUUGAUGUUGUCCUCUGUCCAGUUCUGGGACCUGCCUUUAAUCUUAGAUAUCCCUCAAAACUAUUGGCUGCCAUCUCAUAUACCAUGCUGUACAAUCUUUUGAACUUUCCUGCGGGAGUUGUGCCAGUCACUACCGUUACAGAGACUGAUGAAGAGGAGCUGGGACAGCACCAAGGACACUUUGGUGACCCCUGGGAUAAGAGACUGAAAGAGGCUGUGAAAGGUGCUGUGGGGCUCCCUGUGGCAGUUCAGUGUGUGGCAUUACCAUGGCAGGAUGAAUUAUGCCUUCGUUUCAUGAAAGAGGUGGAGACGCUGUCCCACCAAAGGAGACUGGAGAAAGCCAUGUGAGCCUAACAGAGAAGAUCAUUAGCCUCUAAAGAAGGUAGUUGUCUCAGGGAAGGAAUCUUGACCAUCAAGAAAACAUACAUUUGGUUCCAGCAUUUCCUUUGAAUUACAUUUUUUCUGCAACUGACUGAAGAGGGAUCAAUAGUAGGCUGAUUUGAUUAGCUGCAUACUGCUUUUGUAUUCUAUUCAUUCACAGGGUAUAAGUUUAUCCAGUAUCUAAUAUUAUUUCCCCUCUCUUUUUACCAUCACCUUCUUUCUACAAAUGAACACAGGAAAUCGCCUUAUACUGGGUCAGAUCAUCAGUCCAUCUAGCUCAGUCUUGUCUACAGCAGGGGUUCUCAACCUUUAAGAGCAUGAGCAUUCCUUUCAAACCUCAAUUUUUUGGGCCCCCUCCCAUGCUAAUUGUUGUAAUGUUAGGCUCCAUUAAUUGAGAAAAUACAGAAAACUGUUAUGAAGUCAGUACACAAGAAUGUUUUUAAAUGAAUUCACUUUUUAUUCAUUGCAACAAUAAAUAUAUACGUUUGAAAAAUA